CAUAUACUACUAUAUUUUUUUUAUUUAUGCCAUUGGAGAGGGGUUGAGAGAGAAAAUCAACAGGGAAGAUGGAAGAAAAAGAAGAAAGAAGGGGGAAGGGAAAGGGGAAAGGGCUGAGCUACUGUGUAACUGGGGCAACAGGGUACAUAGGUUCAUGGCUGGUCAAGUCUCUCCUCCGAAAAGGCUACACGGUUCAUGCCACGCUCCGUGAUCCUGCAAAGGCGUUGCAUCUGAUACCAUUGUGGAGUGGCGGUGACCGCUUGAGAGUGUUCAGAGCUAAUCUGCAAGAAGAAGGAAGCUUUGAUGAGGCAGUGAAAGGCUGCAGCGGUGUAUUCCAUGUUGCAGCUUCAAUGGAGUUUGAAGUUCCAGCAAAUGAGGACAUUGAUGGAAAUGUUUCACACUUGGUUUUCUUUUGCAAAUUUGAAGAUAGUUAUGCCCGUGCAAACUUCAUUGAGCCUGCAAUCAGUGGAACCUUAAACCUUCUCAAAUCAUGUUCAAAAACAGAAUCUGUGAAGAGGGUUGUCUUCACAUCAUCCAUCAGUACCUUGACUGCCAAAGAUAGCUCUGGAAAUUGGAGAAACGUUGUCGAUGAAUCAUGUCAGACUCCUGUUGAUCAUGUCUGGAAAACAAAAGCUAGCGGCUGGAUUUAUGUACUUUCAAAACUUCUAACAGAGGAGGCAGCAUUCCAAUUUGCAAAACAGAACAAAGUUGAUCUUGUAUCAGUCAUAACCACUACUGUAGCCGGUUCAUUCCUCACUAAAACGGUUCCCGCAAGCGUUCGAGUUCUCUUGUCACCAAUAACAGGUGACCCUAUGUUCUCUAACAUUUUGAUUUGGGUACGCACAGGUGACCCUAUGUUCUCUUCAAUCUUAUCUGCUGUGAAUUCAAGAAUGGGUUCAAUUGCUUUAGUUCAUGUCGAAGAUAUAUGCAGUGCCCACAUGUUCCUCAUGGAGCAUGCUAGAGCAGAAGGUCGAUACAUUUGCUCCGCCCGCAGCUGUGUAAUGUGUGAACUGGUUGAUCAUCUAGCUAAAGAAUAUCCUUUCUCGAAUUUGCAGAGGUGUGCACUUGUAGAGGAAGAACAUGGUUCUGUCCCGUCGGAGAUUUCCUCAAAGAAGUUAAGAGAUUUGGGCUUCAGUUUCAAGUAUGGCUUGGAAGAUAUAAUGAACCAUACUGUAAAUUCUUCUGUAGAUUGUGGCUUCCUAUACCCUAAUGUAAAGCUAGACUGACUAUUUAGACACAGAAUGAAACAAUUAUCAGAAACAUGAAGCAAAAAAUACAACAAAAUCCAGGAUUUGCAA